GGCUAGGGGCUUUUCUUCAGUAACCCUCUACAAAGGGUCAUGGUCACCUAGGACCUAGUGCUGCUUGCAGUACUUAGAUGUGGCCACCAGGAACCGAGCCGCAGAAAGGCGGAAGCCGAUUGGUUGCCAGGCGCGUCGAAAGGGCGGAGUCCGGGAGUCGGGAGUUGGGGGCUGGGAGAGCGCCCCCGGGGCAAACCUAGCCGGGAUGUAGUCACCUCAGGCGGCUCCCGGUCGGUUAUCGUAGUGCCGGGGUUUCUGUUCAACCUGGCUUUACAGUGGAGCCUGGGGAGCAGCGCCGCGGCCCAGAGAUCCGGGCAGGGCAGUAGCUGUCACCUCCGUCGCAGGCCUGAGUUACCUGAGCAACUGCGUGCCAGAGGCUCCUAGGAGUCUUAGGAUCCCGGAGACCUCGGUGUCCUCUGGGGCCUGCAGGUCGCACGUUGAAGUCCUAGCUGCUGUCGCUCACCGCUGGUCCGCGGGGCGAGGUCAGGUGCCCCCCUUCUCUCCUCCCUUCUUUCCCUCCCCCACCUCAGUGCGGGCGGGAGAUCCUGCCCGCCUCCUCCCGCAGGGGUGCAGCAGGCUGCGGAGCUGACAGCGGCCCCACAGCCACCCUGCCCAAACUCUCCGGAAGCAGCUAGAGCUCAGGCCGCCGAAGCCCCGGCGGACCCACUGUUGGACCGGAGGGUCCGGUCCUUCUGCGCCCAAACUUGGAGCACUUGACCUUCGGCUGUUGGAGGAGGCAAGCCCGCAGGUGGCUGGACAGCUGUGGUGCCGCGAGGGCAUCUUGCCUGGGAAUCAUCGGCUGCAUUCCCCGACUCUGGGAUUUGCUUCUGGGAUCUGCUUCUGGGAUCCCCAAAGGUGUCUACAUCAAGCGCAUGUUGACUGAGACUUACAGUCAUGGAUGUGUGCGCCCGUCUUGCCCUGUGGCUUCUUUGGGGGCUCCUCCUGCAUCAGGGCCAGAGCCUUAGCCAUAGUCACAGCGAAAAGAAUACAGGAGCCGGCUCUGGGACGACUUCAGAGGAGUCCACUGAAGCAGAGUUUUGCCGGAUUGACAAGCCCCUGUGCCACAGUGAGGAUGAGAAGCUCAGCUUCGAGGCUGUCCGCAAUAUUCACAAGCUGAUGGAUGAUGAUGCCAACGGUGAUGUGGAUGUGGAAGAAAGUGAUGAGUUCCUAAGGGAAGACCUCAAUUACCAUGAUCCGACAGUGAAGCACAGCACCUUCCAUGGCGAGGAUAAGCUUAUCAGCGUGGAGGAUCUGUGGAAGGCAUGGAAGUCAUCAGAAGUGUACAACUGGACUGUCGAUGAGGUGAUACAGUGGCUGAUUACGUAUGUGGAGCUACCUCAGUAUGAGGAGACCUUCCGGAAGUUGCAACUUACUGGCCAUGCCAUGCCAAGGCUAGCUGUAACCAAUACCACCAUGACAGGGACUGUACUGAAGAUGACAGAUCGGAGCCACAGGCAGAAGCUACAGCUGAAGGCCCUGGAUACAGUGCUCUUUGGGCCUCCUCUCUUGACUCGACAUAAUCACCUCAAGGACUUCAUGCUGGUGGUGUCUAUUGUUAUUGGUGUGGGCGGCUGCUGGUUUGCCUAUAUUCAGAACCGUUACUCCAAGGAGCACAUGAAGAAGAUGAUGAAAGAUCUGGAAGGGUUACACCGAGCUGAGCAGAGUCUGCAUGACCUGCAGGAAAGGCUCCAUAAGGCCCAGGAGGAGCACCGCACAGUGGAAGUAGAGAAGGUCCAUCUGGAGAAGAAGCUGCGUGAUGAGAUCAAUGUUGCCAAGCAGGAAGCUCAGAGGCUGAAGGAGCUGAGGGAGGGUACUGAGAAUGAGAGGAGCCGCCAAAAAUAUGCCGAGGAAGAGCUGGAGCAGGUUCGGGAGGCCUUGAGGAAAGCAGAGAAGGAGCUGGAAUCACACAGCUCAUGGUAUGCUCCUGAGGCCCUUCAGAAGUGGUUGCAGCUGACGCAUGAGGUGGAGGUGCAGUACUACAACAUCAAGAAGCAAAAUGCCGAGAAGCAGCUGCUGGUGGCCAAGGAGGGGGCUGAGAAAAUAAAAAAGAAGAGAAACACGCUUUUUGGUACCUUCCAUGUGGCCCACAGCUCCUCCCUGGAUGAUGUGGAUCAUAAGAUCUUAACUGCUAAGCAAGCACUGAGCGAGGUGACAGCAGCACUGAGGGAGCGUCUGCACCGGUGGCAGCAGAUUGAGAUCCUCUGUGGCUUCCAGAUUGUCAAUAACCCUGGCAUCCACUCCUUGGUGGCUGCCCUCAACAUAGACCCCAGCUGGAUGGGCAGUACUCGGCCUAACCCUGCCCACUUCAUCAUGACUGACGACGUGGAUGACAUGGAUGAGGAGAUUGUGUCACCCUUGUCCAUGCAGUAUGCUGCCUGGCUGAUGGGGCGUAGGUUCAGUGACCGCUCUCUCUGCUCUACAUCCGCCGGCUCGGAUGAUCAGUCCCUCUGGAAAUACCCGGCCCCCAGCCUGCAGAGCAGUGUUCGGCAGCGCCUGACGGAGCCACAGCUUGGCCUGGGAUCUCAGAGGGAUUUGACCCAUUCCGAUUCGGAGUCCUCCCUCCACAUGAGUGACCGCCAGCGUGUGGCUCCCAAGCCUCCUCAGAUGGGCCGUGCUGCAGAUGAAGCUCUCAAUGCCAUGCCUUCCAAUGGCAGCCAUCGGCUGAUUGAGGGGGUCCAUCCAGGAUCUCUGGUGGAGAAACUGCCUGACAGCCCUGCUCUGUCCAAGAAGGCAUUACUCGCGCUGAACCAUGGUCUAGAUAAGGCCCACAGCCUGAUGGAGCUGAACCCUUCAGGCCCACCUGGUGGCUCCCCACUUUUGGAUUCUUCCCAUUCUCAUAGUGCCAGUUCCCCAGACCCAGACACACCUUCACCAAUUGGGGAUAGCCGAGCUCUGCAGGGUAGCCGAAACACACGAAUUCCCCACUUGGCUGGCAAGAAGGCUGUGGCUGAGGAGGAUAAUGGUUCUAUUGGUGAGGAGACAGACUCUAGCCCAGGCAGGAAGAAGUUUCCACUCAAAAUUUUUAAGAAGCCUCUUAAGAAGUAGGCAGGAUAGGGUGGCAGUGUUGAGACAGCCUGUCCUUCCCUGGGUUUUCUGCCUUCUCCCCCUUCCUGUCUUUGCGAAAUCUGGCCCCUAGAGUGGGCGUGGAGGGGCUGGCCCAGGGGCCUGGGCACUGUACAUACCUGCCCCACUCAUCCUUGGCCCUUCAUCAUUAUUUAUUAACUGACCACCGUGGCCGGCCUGCCCUGAAACCCUUCCAACCAUGGCUGCUGCUGUCACACCCUCUCCACUCCAGUGCAUGUCCCAGUGCUGUCCCCUCAGUUCCCAGCUCCACUUGUCUCUGCUGUCCCAGUUUUGAGGUUUGGUUUUUGUUUCUGUCCCCUGCUUUCAGGCUCCUCUGCCCCAUUAUUCCCCAACUUUCCUAGCAGUUGUGGGAAGAUAGGAGGGGUGAUUUCUGAUACCUGUACCUCAGAUCUCUUCAUCCAACUCAUAAUCAUUCUGCUUACCCCAGACUGGGCCAAGGUCCUAAUCUCUGAGGUUUGUUCUAUGGAAGUGUGAUGAGCUGGAGGGAACCUCAUCCUGGAGCUCAUUUGAAUCUCCAGGGCUUCAUUCAGGGAGUGAACCAGCUCCCAGGGAACAAGUCACCAGAGUUUUGAGGAGAGGCCAGGCUUGUAUUGAUGGGGAGAGACUUCUCUUAGUAGGAGGAUGAGUAGAUGCCAAAGCUGUGGGCAAUAAGGCACUUGCCAUUUCUCUCUUGCCCUGCCCACUUCUGCCUUCCUCUUACCUCCUCUGUUCCCCUAUAUUGCAGGAGUGUGUCUCUUAAGAGGUGCUGCCCUGAAACUCCUCAAGCAUCAGUACUACUAGGGCUCAGGACAACUGGCUCCCCUGGCUAUGGGAGCCACAGUCAUGACACAGGGCUCUUGUGGAGCCCUGGGCAAGGAUGUUGUAUUUGAACCAAAAGACAAACAGUUUUAAAGUAAAAUAAAAUAAAUCUCCUGAAUUUCCCAAGUGCCUGCACAGCAUCCUCCCUUGUCAGACUCCAUUUUCAUGUUACUGCAUAGCCUGGGCCAGAGGCUCAAAAUGGACACAACUGUUCUGGGGAAGGGGUGGUGAAGGAAGAUGGUACAUGUAUAUGAAGGCUGCUGUGUGACCACUUCUCCCCUCACGCCUCCCAUCUUCCAGACAACUCUCCUUUAUCUGUUUUUGCUAUGGCUGUAAAGGUAUUUUUCCUUCUGCCCCAUUCUGUUAUGCCUUUACCCUGAGAUCCUAGUUUGGGCCUGGGUUGGGUGCAGCUGGGGCUGGUCUUAGGUGGGUGCCAGGCUCUAGACUGCCUUGUAGCCCCCUGGACACCCUCACAUGGGUUUUUCUGUGUUAUUUCAUAAGAUUCUUUGAAGUCCAAUAAAGCAUGUAGGAGAUUUUAACCUCU